UUGCCAAUCUUCGCCCCAAAUUUUCAAUUCAAUUCAAAUCCGAACCUCUUCUGUUUCUCUUCAUCAUAACAUAUAUAUCACCAAAUUGCCAUCACCGGAUCUGAUCUCUUCAGAUCCAAUUCAGUCUCAUCUGAUCCAUCAAAAUUAAUGGCAGCGAUGGGUCGGGCUAGCUCUGGCCUCGCUUAUCCGGAUCGUUUCUACGCUGCCGCUACUUAUGCUGGAUUCAGUGGCUCCCCCAAUUCUUCUUCUGUCACUUCUAAAUUCUCAAACGACGGCGCUUUGUUGCUUUACGCCUUGUAUCAGCAGGCAACUGUUGGACCAUGUACCAUACCAAAGCCGAGAGCUUGGAGUCCAGUGGAACAAAGCAAAUGGACAAGUUGGAAUGGUCUUGGAUCCAUGGCUUCUAUAGAAGCAAUGCGGCUUUUUGUAAAAAUAUUAGAGGAAGAAGAUCCAGGAUGGUAUUCAAGGGUAUCCAACUUUACUCCAGACCCCAUUGUAGAUGUAGAGAUGAAUCAUAAUCAAAAGACAGAAUUGCCCACUAAAAAUGAAGUCACUUUGCCAGAAACAAAAAUCAUCCCCACUGAGAAUGGGAAUUCUGUGGAUAAAGAUGUAGUGGUGGAAGGACUUGGUUCUGUUGGUGUGUAUGACCAAUGGGUUGCACCUACAGUUUCAGGUCCACGUCCAAAGCCCCGAUAUGAGCAUGCAGCAGCUGUUGUUGACGAUAAAAUGUAUAUAUUUGGUGGAAACCACAAUGGUCGUUACCUAAAUGAUCUUCAGACUCUUGAUCUACGAACUUGGACAUGGUCAAAGGCUGAAGUCAAAGCAAAUUCCGAUGUUCCAGCGACAGUUACUCCUUGCGCCGGCCAUUCUUUGAUACCAUGGGAAGGAAAUAAGCUUAUAUCAAUUGCAGGACAUACAAAGGAUCCUUCUGAAGUUGUCAAUGUGAAGGCAUUUGAUUUGCAAACGCAUACUUGGUCAACCAUGAAGACCUAUGGAAAACCACCGGUUUCACGAGGAGGUCAAUCAGCUACACUUGUGGGCUCUAGCUUAGUCAUAUUUGGUGGACAAGAUGGAAAGAGAACUCUCUUGAAUGAUCUGCACAUUUUGGACUUUGAAACCAUGACUUGGGAUGAAAUUGACACAAUAGGCGACUCUCCAUCUCCACGGUCUGACCAUGCUGCUGCUGUACAUGCAGAACGCUAUCUUCUUAUAUUUGGUGGUGGCACUCAUGCUACUUGUUUCAAUGAUCUUCAUGUCCUUGAUUUAAAAACUAUGGAAUGGUCAACACCAAGUCAACAAGGAGAGAUACCAAGUCCACGUGCUGGCCAUGCCGGUGUAACUGUUGGAGAGAGUUGGUUUAUUGUCGGUGGUGGAGAUAACAAGAGUGGAGUUUCAGAAACUGUUGUUCUCAACAUGUCUACUUUAUCUUGGUCAGUUGUCACAACUGUUGAAGGGCGUGUUCCUCUUGCCAGUGAGGGGUUGAGUUUGGUCUUAAGCUCAUACAAUGGUGAGGAUGUUCUAGUUUCUUUUGGAGGAUACAAUGGGAGAUACAACAACGAGGUCAACUUACUUAAACCCAGCCACAAAUCUACAUUACAAGCAACCAGAUCGGGAACACCUGCCCUUGAUAGUGGUUCUGGUGCUCAGAAUGCAACAAAUGGCACUCGAGAUGUCGAGUUAGACUUUGAAGCUGGUCAAGAAGCAAAAAUUAGGGAAAUUGGCAUGGACAAUAAUGAACCACAGUCAACUGAAGUGAAUGAAGUCAGUGAGCAUUUCGUUACUGCACUUAAGGCAGAAAAGGAAGAAUUAGAAUCAGCACUCAGCAAUGAGAAGUCACAAUCACUUCAGCUAAAGCAAGAGCUGAUAGAAGCUGAAUCCAAGAACACAGACUUGUACAAGGAACUCCAGUCUGUACGUGGUCAGCUUGCUGCAGAGCAGUCCAGAUGUUUUAAACUAGAGGUGGAUGUUGCCGAACUAAGACAAAAGCUACAAACAGUGGACACCUUACAGAAAGAACUUGAAAUCCUUCAAAGACAAAAGGCUGCUUCUGAAGAAGCUUUUGCAAAACAAAGACAGACUUCAGGAGGGGUGUGGGGAUGGCUAGCCGGGACACCACCUCCUACUGAAAAAUCGUAAUUUAAAACAACCCAAUACAUAGUGAUUUUCAUACUCAAAAUCCCUUCAAAAUUCAUUUUCCUAUAAAAUCUUAGCUCCUUUUCUCUUUUGACUAUUGUUUGAGUUGGCAUAAGGCAUUAAGGUUAUAUGUAUGUUGCAGAGAAAACAUAGCUAAAUGGUGCUUCUAUUUUUUUAUUUUUUGUUUGGGAUUUUGAAUCCAAAGAUUGUAUCGCCUCUGUUUUGUUUUAUAGACUAAUGAUGAUGGCAUAUAGUUAUGAUCAA